GCUGUGCUGAGCUCUCCAAGCUUGAAGCGAAAGAACCGGAGAGAAGAGUACACCCUUCCGCCUUUUCCGCUUAUCAUCUGUGGUCACAGCGCCACCUCCUGACUGACCGGAAGCCUUAAGAAAGGAUUGAUUCAUCAGGGACAAGGAAUCGGAGUCCUACCUCUUCCCUGCGCCUUGAAGGCCACUUAUCAAAAAAAAUUAAAGAAAACUGUGAGAAAGGCCCUCCUGUGAUCUCCGUUCUUCCCUGUUCUCGGAGGACCUGGACUCUAUGGUCAGUGGGGAAGAGGGGACUCCGUUCUGUCGGCGCUUGCGCGCUGCGAGGCGGUGCCGCAUGCGCGGUGGGACUGAGCGAGGCGCACGCUGGAGAGGAUCGGCGGCGGCGGCGGUGGCGGAGCGAGUCUGAUCUCCACAAUUCAGGAGCGCGGCCCCGGACCCCACUGUAGGAGUCACACGUGUACCUCAGAAUGCCGGGUCUGAGUUGUAGAUUUUAUCAACACAAAUUUCCUGAAGUGGAAGAUGUAGUGAUGGUGAAUGUAAGGUCCAUUGCUGAAAUGGGGGCUUACGUCAGCCUGCUGGAGUAUAACAACAUUGAAGGCAUGAUUCUUCUUAGUGAGUUGUCCAGAAGGCGUAUUCGUUCUAUAAACAAACUCAUCCGAAUUGGCAGGAAUGAAUGUGUGGUUGUCAUUAGAGUGGACAAAGAAAAAGGUUACAUUGAUUUGUCAAAAAGAAGAGUUUCUCCAGAAGAAGCAAUCAAAUGUGAAGAUAAAUUCACCAAAUCUAAAACUGUUUACAGCAUUCUUCGCCAUGUUGCUGAGGUGUUAGAGUACACCAAGGAUGAACAACUGGAAAGCCUGUUCCAGAGGACUGCUUGGGUCUUUGAUGACAAGUACAAGAGACCCGGAUAUGGUGCCUAUGAUGCAUUUAAGCAUGCGGUCUCAGACCCAUCUAUUUUGGAUAGUUUAGAUUUGAAUGAAGAUGAACGGGAAGUACUCAUUAACAAUAUUAAUAGGCGUUUGACCCCACAGGCUGUCAAAAUUCGAGCAGAUAUCGAAGUGGCUUGUUAUGGUUAUGAAGGCAUUGAUGCCGUAAAAGAAGCCCUGCGAGCAGGUUUGAAUUGUUCUACGGAAACCAUGCCCAUCAAGAUUAAUCUCAUAGCUCCUCCGCGGUAUGUAAUGACUACAACCACCCUGGAGAGGACAGAAGGCCUCUCUGUUCUCAAUCAGGCUAUGGCUGUUAUAAAAGAAAAGAUUGAGGAGAAAAGGGGUGUCUUCAAUGUUCAAAUGGAGCCCAAAGUGGUCACAGAUACAGAUGAAACUGAACUUGCAAGGCAGCUGGAGCGGCUUGAGAGAGAAAAUGCAGAAGUGGAUGGAGAUGAUGAUGCAGAAGAAAUGGAAGCCAAAGCUGAAGAUUAACUUUUGGGAAACAGUCCAGUUUAAGGAACACAAAACAGCCCUUCCUGGCUAUAAACCCUAGACUUAAAAGUUUUCCAGAAUUGAAAACUUAACAGCUGAAUAUUUUUUAUUUCCAAGUAUUUAAAUGUUGUAACAGACCAAAACGUGAAAUGUCCUAAAAUGUCGGCUAUUUUCACAGUAGCUCCAACACAUUGAGCAUUUUUUAUGGGAGUGGCCCAGUUUCACUAAAGACAAAUCUCUAAGCUAAGAACAGUCAAAAUUGGGCUUUCCAUUUCUGAUGUCUCUAGAUUGACACCUGUUUGUAGUUCAGUGCCUCUGUGUAAUUUAUCAGGGGUACCCAAAGCAAAUGGUCCCAACCUUUCUACAUAAAUGUAUCAAGCAAACAUUAAAUAAAUUUCUGGGAUAUUUAACUAUAGGUUUCUUCCUUCUUGUCACCAGUUAAAAGCAUUAUGAUUACUAAGACCCUAAUUCUAUUCAUUUUAGUCUAGAUGUAUAAAUAUAAGGGCAGGUGUUCAAAGGAUCUAUACAACAUCCUUUCAAAAGGAUGGCUUAGAGAAAAUAAUUUUUACCACAGUGAAAGUAAUUCUUAAGGGGGAAAGCCUAAAAAUGCAAUUAAAGGAUUACAUUGGUUGUGUGCCUUUUAUGUCUAUGAGACUGAUGAAAUAUAUGUGGGAGAAUUUCACACUGGUCCUGUUUGGUGUACUAAGCUGCUUGCCUGAGUUUGUAAUUCAAAGUGGUAUGGUUGGUUUUAUUUUGUUUUUAAGAUGCUGCUGCUUUAAUUUAUUUUGAUUCUCAUCACCCAACUUGAGAUUUUUCCCCCCAUUAAAAUAUUCACUAGGUGCCAUCUAGAAAGCUUCAGUUUUCUUUAUAACAGAAUAGGGAUCUGUUUGAACACAAUUACCAUAAUUUUUCAACAUUUCCAUCAUUUUUAUCUUUUAAGAACUAAUUAUUAAGGCAUAUAAAUUUAAAGGUAAAUAAAUUCAGACAAAACACGUGAUUUGAUGUUACAGCUACAAUAACCAAGGUGUAGAAAGUCUUGAGUUACUUUAGUCUUUGUAGAUUUAAUCUUAGUAUGCUUGAGGUACUAGAUAUAUUAAUUUUAUUAAAUUAUUCUGACAAAUAGCUGUUUAAAUACUUAAAAAGUGAAACCAUAUCCUCCUCCAUCAAUCCAGGACUAGAUUCAGUAUUUUUUAAAAGGGACUGGAAAAAUAGUAUUGCUGAGACAGUUUGUGCCAUAUGUGAAGAUUGUCCCAAUCCAGAAGCCUGACUUCAUGUAGCCAUCUCUACAAAGGAACCAUGGUUGCUAGCUAGCAUACCAUACUGGGAAUAUUUAGAGGAAAAUUAGGAUAUAUUCAAAAUUGGCUCAAUUUUCAGCGUGGUCUUUUUGAGGAGUCGAAACAAGUCUGUAAAGCUUACAGCAGAUGUCAUCAAAUAUAACAGAUGCUCCUUAAAUGUUUGCUAUCACAGGAAUUGAAUUUUUGUUUAAUAUUUUUAUAUUUCAAAUGCUAUAACAAGAAAUGCUGGUAAUGUUCAUGGUGAGUGAAUUUAUCCAUUAAAUUAUUGGGCCUUUUCAGUUCCACAACAGUUGCAAAUUUAUGACGCUUGCCAGAGAAAAGAUUGAUACCGUGUGAUAGAACUAUAAACUUAAAGCACACAUAUUCCUUGCUGACCUAAAAGUAUCACUUUUAAAGGACAAGAGAACACACCCAGCUCCAGAUAGCUGAAGGAACAGAUUGACAAAAGUGACCAGUUUAUCCAAAUCUUGGACCUCCCCCAAAAAAACCUCAUUAAAAGUGGACAACUUCAUCUACUCAUUCUGCCUUGGACUGAUGUCAAGUGGUUAUCAACUCAAAACUGAACCUUAGCAAUAGCUUGGUUCUUAAUGCAUAAUUAAUUGAGAACGGCUUACAAAAAGUGAACCUUUAAACAAUUUAUCUUUUAUACCAAAACAAGACAAACCAAUACUUUGGAUAAUUCUAAGUGGGAACCUACAGACAUGCUAAGCAAGCACUAUAUUAUGCUUAUUAAUACAAUUAUUACUCAGCUGCCAGACAAACAUUCUCGAUUUAACUACAUCAAAAACAGUUGAAUUCAAAUGGUUCGGAUUUUAAAAAUUAAAAUACUAGUACCUUGAUAAGAGUUGUUCCCUGGUUUGCCUCAAGGUCAUCUACUUUAAAUGGGUGAGGACUCUGUCCUCCACAGUCUGGUACAGUUGUGCCAGUUCAGAGAAGAAGCCAUCAAACCAAAUACAGUCAAAUUCAGAUGAACAUCUGUUGAUAUCCCAAAAGUAAUAAACUAAUUCCAAGGACAUUAGACCUGGUAAAAUGCCAGGUGCUCUAAAAAGGCAUCUCUUUACAAUGUAAGGAAUUAAGUAAAACCUCAUUUGCUUGGAAUUUUGAUCACUCAGGUCAAGUAUUCUAGUUGAAAUUGAGAGAACAGUUCAAACUAAGGACAAAUUUGAAUUUCAGAGGUAUCUAGUACCCUUAAAUGCCAGUUACGUAUCUUACCUAUUCAUUUAAGGGAGUCUUGUACUAAGCAAGAAUGCUGGCAGUAUCUUGUGCCAGUUACUGUAUGAACUUGCAAGCAAUAAAAAUGUUUUUCUUAAAUAA